ACGAAAAAUCCACUGCACAUUUCGAGUGUUUUAAAAAUAAACAAUGCUUACGAGUACGUAAAACGAUGUGCUCCUAAAGUGAGUUGCGAUCCGAAUGCAAAAUAUAGAUCAAUUAAUGGUUCUUGUAAUAAUUUACUAAUACCCACCAUGGGUGCAGCAGAAACGCCAUUUUUGCGUUUGCUUGAUGCUGAAUUCGGCGAUGGUUAUUAUAAACUACGAAAGCAAACAAAUGGAAGCGCAUUGCCUAGUGCUAGAUUAAUCAACGACAAAAUAUUUAUGGGCCGAGAACUGUACCACGUCGACGAGAAUAAUAUACUUCUAUUGCCAUUUGCACAACUGUUAGCCCAUGACAUAUCGGGUCUGCCGGGAACUUCGUUCGAUAAACACGGUAAGCUAAUUAUUUGUCCCACCGACAAAAUUGUACGAGAAACAGUUUCACUGUGUCAAACAGCUGUUGAAUAUCCACCCGAUGACCCUGUAUAUGGAAAAUACAAUUUAACUAUUAUGAAUAUUUUCCGUUCGUCAACAUCGAGGAACUACAAUUGUCCGUUGUUCCCUACAACAUUUAUGAAUGUGAAAACUCAAUUCAUCGAUGCAUCCGAUGUGUACGGAUCAAACGAAAACGUUACCAAACGUCUAAGACUCAUGGAGGGUGGGAGACUUAGGUCCUCAGUAAGCGAAAACGGUCAGAUGUUCUGUCCAUUCAUAGGAAGUAAAGAGGGCGUCCAAUUUACCUCAGAAAAACAUCCGCACAGCAUUUAUUACGACACAGGAGAUCCAGAUAAUGGUAAUCAAAAUCUGGGAAUAACAGCAAUGCAAACAUUAUUCUUAAGGUUCCACAACUACAUUACUUAUAAAUUGUUGGCUUUAAAUCCGAAUUGGUCGGACGAAACACUUUAUCAAGAAGCACGAAGAAUUGUCAUUGCAAUUAUACAGCGUAUAGCGUAUGAAGAUUUUUUACCUAUAGUUAUUGGGGACGAUUUCCAAGAAGCUUAUGGAAUAAAUAAUGAAAAUAUUUAUAGCCCAACAGUUAGUCCAGCAACGUCUCAGGAAUUGUCUUCCGCUGCUUUCCGUGUCUUGCAUUCGAUCAUACCAUAUCAGUUCAAAUUUAUGAACGAAGAUUAUAAAACUGAAUUUUCAAUAAACGUGACGGAUUAUUUGGAAAAUCCCAAACUAAUACCAAUGAACAACAACUUCGAUAAACUAAUAAAAGGAUUUUUGGAAACGCCUGGUCGUCCUGUCCAACCUUCAUAUAAUUUCUACAUAUCUAAUUUUAUGAGAAAUACAACUAGCGACAACCAAUUUCCCGGAUUAGAUUUAAUGUCGGUAGAUAUAACAAGAGGUCGUGAUGUUGGUUUACCAACUUUUAAUCAAGUUAGACAUUUGUGCGGACUACCAUUAGCUGAUGAUUUUGAAGACUUGCUGGACUCAAUACAUCUAAAAGAUAUAAAAAAAUUAAAAGGUCUUUAUCACUCAGUGAACGACAUUGACUUGCUCGUAGGAUUAUUAUUAGAAAAACCAAGUGAAGGUGCGAUGGUUGGUCCAACUACGAGGUGUAUAAUUGCCGACAGCUUCUAUCGGUUCAAAGCUGGGGAUCGAUUUUUUUACGACGUACAAAGACAACCCGGUAGUUUCACUCCUGACCAACUUAAAGUGAUUAAGAAAAUCACCCUUGGUCAUGUUUUAUGCGCUAUUACAAAUGUAGAUCAUGUACAAACGUCUAUGUUUAAAGCAAUAGAUCACAAUUUGUUCCCAGCUAGCAAAUUGAAUUGUGACGAUGACUUCCGCAUAGAUUUCAAUAAAUGGUCGGAAUCAACUAACGAUUCUGACGUCAACUGUCCAUUUUUUAAAAAAUAAGCAAUUAUAAUCCAUUCAUUCAUGUUUUCAUUCGUUCAAUAAAUUAUCUUUAAUUGUAAAUCAAAGAAUAAUAAGAGUAUUAUCGACAUAGAUAUUAAAAAUUAU